GGGAGGCUGGAGGUUUUUCACAGCGGCUCAUGGGGGACAGUGUGUGAUGACUCCUGGGAUAUUAAAGAUGCCCAUGUUGUGUGCAGACAGCUGCAGUGUGGAGUGGCCCUCAGUAACCAGCAGGGACCAGCCGGGUUUGGUCCUGGUUCUGGACCCAUAUGGCUGGAUGAGGUGGAGUGUGAGGGGAAUGAGACUUCCCCUGUGGAGCUGCUCUUCUCCAGGCUGGGGAAACAUGACUGUCAACACAAGGAGGAUGUAGGAGUCGUUUGUCCAGAAUGGUCACAUUUUUUCAAAUUUUUGAUUUUAAAAUUUAAUUUUUUUAUGUUAGCGUUUAAAGAGAUCAGGUUAACUGAGGGCUGUGAAGGGAAUGUGGAGGUUUUCUACAAUGGAUCCUGGGGUAAUGUGUGUUUAAACCAGAUGGACAGAGACACAGUUAUUCUGAUCUGUCAAGAGCUGAACUGUGGAAGAUCUGGUGUUUUGUCUGAUUCUACAUCAAGACUGAAAUCAGCUCCUAACUGGCUGGAUAAAGUUACAUGUCGACCACAUGAUUCCUCUUUAUGGCAGUGUCCAUCUUCACUCUGGGGACAGAAUAAUUGUGGUGACGAUGAAGUGGCCAAAAUCAUCUGUUUAGAACGAGAGAGUCAUGAGUCUCCUCGAAGCUCUCUGACAUGCUCCACAUUCCCCAUCAUAGACAGUGUUUCGCUCUCUCUAAGAGGAGACACAGGACGACGACUGAGGCCGUUUUAUGAGGAGAUUCAGCACAGACCCACUAAACAGGGACACAGUCUCUUCACUGAGAGGGGUGAGUAA